AUGUUUAGAGCUUCGAGAAUUGCCGUCAGAUUGAACUCGACUGUGGCCAAGGCCUCGCCCGCGCCCCUCUCGCCCGCCUACGUCGGGAAGCUCCCCCAACGGUGGAACGCCAUGCCCCAGGCCGACCGGGCGCAAAUCAUUGCCGACCUCAAGACGAGAAUGGCGUUGCCGUGGCAAGACUUGACCCCCGCGGAAAAGAAGGCCGCCUACUACAUCUCCUUCGGCGAAUGGGGCCCCCGUAAGCCCUUGCACGGUCCCGGCGACGCGGCCAAGGUGUUCUGGGGCGUCACCGGCGGUGUCGUGAUCUCGGCCGUCCUCUACGCCAUCAUCUUGUCCUUCGCCACCCCUGACCCCGUCUCGAUGAACCGUGAAUGGCAAGAAGCCUCCGACGAGUACCUCAAGUCGAAGAACGCCAACCCUUUCACCGGUUACUCGCAAAUCCAAUAA